CGCUGAGCAUUCACCCUCUCUCUCUCUCUCUCUCUCUCUCUCUCUCUCUCUCUGCCCCUCCCGAUACUGCGCACUCUCUCUCGGUUCACCUUGGCUACUGGGUGGUGUGGAGUUAUUGAUGCGUCAGAACCAGAGAGAUCCAGAGACAGCCAUGCCGGGGGAGAGCUCUCGAAGAUCUGUCCCCAAAGAAAGACAUCCGGAGCUUGGAGCAGAGCAGACAGGCCUGCCUGAACCAGACAUGACCAGACAUGCCUCCACUGAUUCCACCCCUAGUGACAGCGGCUCUAGUCCCUCCCCCAGCACCCCUCAGAAGCUGCUGCCAUCAUGCACCUCUCCGUUCGGGCCACGGCUGGUUCGGGCCACACCUAGCUCCUCCGCGACCCCGCGACCCCAGCCUGAAGGUUCAGACCGUCGCCACAGUAACACGGUCCGACUUAGCGGGACGUUUGGAGGUCACGGACCCUGUGGACGCCGCAGCGGACCCGUGAAGAUGGAGAGAAUCAAGGUUCUGAUGGGCUCAGAGGUGGAGAGCGACCACAAGGAGCCAGAGAACAUGGACACACGGGUGGUGAUGGGCCAGGAGGCCCUGCUCAAGACAAAGAAAACCCUGACAGGGAAGUGCCCAUGCGGGCAGAGCAGCCAGGCGAUACCCCUGCCUGGAGGCCCAGUCUUGGAGGUCCCUAAGCCUCCCUUAGAGCCCCAGGCCGAGGCUGGAGAAAAAGCCCAACUGGACACAGGGCAGGAAAGAGACAAUUCACCUCUGACCCCAAAGUUGGAGCAAGAGCAGGAGAGAAGCCCUGUCCUGCCCAUUAGCCCUCUCCUUCACCCCCUCAUCCCUGCCUCCCCUCCCUCCUCAGAGCCAGUCACAGUGGAUGUUAGUUUGACGGGCAGCUCAAGCCCUUUGGAGGUAGGGCUGUCUCCCUAUGGUGAAAUGUCUUUUGUAUGUGCCAUGUAUGCCAUGCCCUCCCUGUCCGAGCCAGCCUAUCCCCCUGCUAUCCUGUCCUUCACUGAGCCGGCCUAUGCCGUGGACCCUCUGAGAGUGGGUGUUCCCUCGUCCCUGGAUCCUGAUCUGUACUACACCGCCCCCUCCACCCCCAUCAAGAUGGCUGCUCGCCCCUUACACCUCAAACACCGCUCUUACCCUGGCUCCCCAGCAUCUCCCCUCUCACCAAACUCGGACAGUGAGGACCUGUGCUCCCCCCUCACUUCCCCCUCUGGCUCCUACGUCACGGCGGAGGGGGGCAGCUGGACCUCUUCCACCUCCCCCUGCACCUCCCCCAAUCUUCUCCUGGCAGAGGAGGUGCAGGAGGCACCUGCAUGCUUUGUCAGCUCGCUGUCUGAAAUCGGAGACGAAGUGGGGGAGGAUAGGGGAGCAGUAGGGGAGAGGGCAGAGGAAAAGGGAGGAGGAGCAGCAGAGUGGCGGUUCUGCCUCUAUAAGGGUCUAGCAGAGACUGUGAUCCUGGAGGAGGAGGAGGUACUGAGAGGGGAGGUAAGGGGGAGAUGGAGCGAGGAAGUGACAGUCUCAAGGGGUAGCUGUCGCCCUCGCUGGGUGACAGAGGACACUUCCCCAUUGAGGAGCAGCAGCGGCAGAAGCACCGACUCCCAGGAAGAUGGAGGGGAGUCGGAGGGCUCUCUCUGCCCAGCAGAGGAUGUUCUGGCUGGUGGACAGCAGUACUUAAGUCCCCUGCUGCAAAGAGGCCUGGAGCUGGAGCUGCAGGCCUGUGUGUCUGAGGAGCUUUACCCUCCCAUUACCAACCCAGAUGAUGAUGGAGCAGACUCCCCACGGCUGACCUCCAUCUCCUUCCCCUUUGCCCCAGACAUGGGGAACCUAAGCCCUCACACCUCCAGCGUCAACCCUGCCUCCUCCAACCUUACCAUGGACACCUGCUCUCCAGAUGUGUCAGACGGGGAUAACUCCAGCCCUUACGGAGAAAUAGGUACCUUCCUGCUGUUCCCAGGCUCCUACAGUGAUGAUGGAGAGAUGGAGGAAGAGGAGAGUAUGAUCCCAGCCUCUCUGCUUAACUUCCCCCUCCACACCAGUCUCCUCUUUCAGGCAGACUCCAUGGAGAUCACUCUCUUCCCCACAGAGGAGGGGAAUGAGGGAGGAGAGAGAAACGACAGGAACGAUGUGGAUGCGUACGCGGCAGGAGAGGAAGAGGGGGACGUGGAGGAUGAUGAUGAAGAUGAUGAGGAAGAAGUGGAGGCUAAGGUAGAGAUAGAGGAGGCUAAAGUAGAAAUAGUGAUAGAGGAAGAGGUGGAUGAUGAGGAGGGUGAGGAUGUUGAGGAAGAGGAGGAGGAGGGUGAGGGUAAGGCUGUAAAUGACCCAGCUGAAGAGGACAACUCGGCCUCCUUCCUUCAUUCACUGUCAGAAACUUCCAUCAACGAAGGGCUGGAUGAGUCCUUCUGUUUCCAUGACGACACUGACGACUCACUAGACUCCGCCUCUUAUAAUGGCGAAGAGGAUGAGCGACUGUACAGCACAGAGAGACAUGCUGAACCACCCACAGGACCACCCACAGGAUCACCCACAGAACCACACCAAGCCAAACCUCAGCCUGAAACCAGACCAGAGGCCUACAGCACUGAACUGUCCCAGUCCCAGAGCAGACUUAGCCUAAUCAAUCCCCCAGGUGACAAAGAGCCCCAGCCUGAGGAUCGUCCAGGACCUAGACCACCACAACCUGCACUUGCACCUGCCCAACCUGCGGAAUCAGCCCACCCGGAGUCCUCCAACAGCAGUAGUGGGAGUGAAAUGGAGAUCUCCUCAGAGUCCUCUGACCCUCCUGUCCCCGCUCCUUCUCAGGAGAGCCCUUAUGUCUCUACCCUUACCCCUAAACUUUCUACAACCCCUUACCCUGCCUUCACUACCCCAAAGACUACUCCUGCUACCGUGUCAACCCCUAAAACCAAGCCUGAAUCUCUCUCUAACCCCAACACUAACCGUGCUCCUGCCCCUAAUGCUAAAUCUGCUACUGUCUGUACCACUAACACUAACCCUGCUACAGCCUCAACCCCACAAAAUAAUUCUGCUACUUCCUCAACCUUCAAAACUAACCCUGCUACCGUAUGUACACCUGAAAUUAACCCUGCUAUGGUCUCUAACCCCAACACUAACAGUGCUCCUGCCCCUAAUGCUAAAUCUGCUACGGCCUGUACCACUAACACUAACCCUGCUACAGCCUCAACCCCCAAAACUAACCUAGGUACAUGCUCUACCCCAAACCCCGCUGCUACUCCUAAAACUAACCCUGCUGCUACUCCUAACACUAACCCUGCUGCUACUCCUAACACUAACCCUGCUGCUACUCCUAACACUAACCCUGCUGCUACUCCUAACACUAACCCUGCUGCUACUCCUAACACUAAGCCUGCUGCUACUCCUAACACUAACCCUGCUGCUACUCCUAACACUAACCCUGCUGCUACUCCUAACACUAACCCUGCUGCUACUCCUAACACUAAGCCUGCUGCUACUCCUAACACUAACCCUGCUGCUACUCCUAACACUAACCCUGCUGCUACUCCUAACACUAACCCUGCUGCUACUCCUAACACUAAGCCUGCUGCUACUCCUAACACUAAGCCUGCUGCUACUCCUAAAACAAACACUGCUGCUACUCCUAACACUAACCCUGCUGCUACAAUCGAGGAGACAGCGUCCCACAGCAAUCCUGUCAUCCUGGCAACCCAGCCAUCCCAUAACAGCCCUGUGACCCUGGCAACAGGAGCAGGGCAAGCCAAAGCAGUUGCAGAGGAAGUACAGUCAGACACACCCCGGCCUAAACAGAAGACCUCUGAGCCCCAUAAGCCGCUCCCACGUGUGUUUGGGGUGGCAGCAGCUUCAGUCCGGUCCAAACCGCUUCUGGUGUCAGUGCUGGAACUGGACCAGAAGAACGCGAACAGCAGCGCUGAAGGUGUGGACUCCGCUCAGGUCCUUGAAGGGACCACUGCCACCAACGACCUGAAUAAGGGGGUCCCCCUGCUCUCAUGCCCGAAAGAGCCUAACCCCAGCAACAUCCCUGUCUCCUCCUGCCCUGAGAGCUCACCUGACCUGGCUGACAACCUGUCCUUGACCCCUGACAUCUGCCCAUGUGACCCCGCCCAGGAGAACCUGAGGGAGAACACCCUGAGCACUGAGGACGGGGGCCCUGGGGCCCUGGAUGAGGAUGAGGUGGGUGAUAUAAUGGGGGACGAAGAAGACAACAACAGCCUGUGUGGUCGGCCAGACAAGAUGGCAGAUGUCGAGCUUGUGGGAGAGGGAGUGCCAGAGUCCAACCUGUCCAGCUGGAGGUCCAUCGAGGAGAUAUCAGAGGCAGGGGGAGGAGAGGACGGAAGCUCCCAAUUCCCAGAGGAUGAUGUCAGCAACCUGCAGAGUCACCCGGAAAACAAGGAGGAGCAGGAAAACAACAACAAUGUCUCAGUGUUCCUAUCCUCUGGAAUGCCAACCUGUAUGACUCUGAAUGCCCUGUCAGAGGACGUGAGACACCAGAGCCAGAGUGUGUGUCUGAGGGCAUCUCUCUCAAACAUACCACUCACAGAGGUGAGAUCACAGGCUGCUGCAGCCUCCGAUAGGCCAUCAACAUCAACUGACAGCUCAACACACCAAUCAGACAUAAGACAACCUUCCUUGUCCAUGGAAAGCCCACAGACUGUCUCAGACCAGAGCCCUGGUUCAGUAGAGGCAUCCAUUUCCAGACCCAACAGUAACACAGAUAUUAACCCAGUAGUCAAACAGGCAGACCCAGCUCUGUCUCUGCUGGGUGGGGCAUUUGGAUCCUUCAGCCAUAAAAUCAGACCAAGCAACUCCAAGUCAGGCAGACUGUCCCAAGAAACUUCCCGAUCACUGAAGAAAGACACAGUAGAGAAUGUCCAAGUCUCCCAAGAAACUUCUCUCUCAGUGGGCAAAGACACAGUAGAGAAGGUCCAAAUUCCCCAAGAAAAUUCCCCAUCAGUGAGCAAAGACACAGUAGAGAAGGUCCAAAUUUCCCAGGAAAUUUCCCCAUCAGUGAGCAAAGACACAGUAGAGAAGGUUCAAGUCUCCCAAGAAUCUUCCAUAUCAGUGGGCAAAGACACAAGAAUGUCCAAGUCUUCAAAAAACUUCCCUAUCAGUGGGCAAAGACACAGUAGAGAAGGUCCAAGUUUCCAAAGAAACUUCCCCAUCAGUGGGCAAAGACACCGUAGAGAAGGUCAAAGUAUUCCAAGAAUCUGCCAAAUCAGUGGGCAAAGACACAGUAGAGAAUGUUCAAGUUUCCCAAGAGACUUCCCCGUCAGUGAGCAAAGACACAGUAAAGAAGGUCAAAUUUUCCCAAGAAACGUCCCCAUCAGUGGGCAAAGACACAGUAGAGAAGGUCCAAGUUUCCCAAGAUACUUUCCCAUCAGUGAGGAAAGACACAGUAGAGAAGGUCCAAGUCUCCCAAGAAUCUCCCCUAUUAGUGGGCAAAGACACAGUAGAGAAAGUCCAAGUUUCCCAAGAAACUUCCCCAUUAAUAGGCAAAGACACAGUAGAGAAGAUCCAAGUUUCCCAAAAAACAUCCCCAUCAGUGGGCAAAGACACGGUAGUAAAGUCCAUGUUUCCCAAGAAACUUUCCCAUCAGUGAGAAAAGACACAUUAGGGAAGGUCCAAGUCUCCAAAGAAACUUCCAUGUCAGUUGGCAAAGACACAGUAGAGAAAGUCCAAGUUGCCCAAGAAACUUCCCCAUCAAUGGGCAAAUACACAGUAGAGAAGGUCCAGGUUUCGCAAGAAACUUCCCCAUCAGUGAGCAAAGACACCGUAGAGAAGGUCCAAGUUUUCCAAGAAUCUUCCCUAUCAGUGGGUAAAGACACGGUAAAAAGUGUGACAAAACUCUGUUCCCAGCCUCAGCCAGAGGAGACAAAGCCACAGACGGUGAGCCAAAAAGAAGGUGGUGGCGGUCAGAAGACUGACAGGCACAUUGACCAACCAAAGACGAGUGGGGCCUUAGAAGAACAGGAGAGCAGUGUUUGUAUCUCAGGGGAAAGAGAGGUGGAGGAGAUUGCAGAGGAGAGAUUCUCUCCAACAGAGAGUGUUCCAGAACCUGCACAGCGUCAGACACCCGAGAGAGAGCUGAGCACAGAGAAUGCCAUCACUCCUCCUCAGCCAGGGAGGAGAGGGAAGCAGAGCAGAAACAGACCCAAUCAGCCGCGCAGACAAUCUCCGUCAGGCUCUGGGUCUGCUGAUCACCCACAGGAACCAGCUCUCACUGCCAAGACCCUAGAAGACACCUUCCCACCAGGGAUUCAAAAUAAUAAGAAUAUGAGGGGACAAAAAUCUGCUGCAGAUACCAGACAGAGGACACCUGUGAAGGGCAAACCUGAGGCAGAGUCCAAGAGGAGAGGGGAAAACAGAAACAUCUCCAGAUCCCCGACUCCCCCUAGUCCUACCAACCUCUGCCCUAUCUCUCCUGCUCUCCUACUCAACCAGGAAGUGAACAUGGAAGUGCACCAGGAAAUGCUUGACAACAGGCCGCUGCCUGGUUGCCAGACAGAAAGCAGGAAGGACAUCAAUGAUAACAAUGUGGGGAGUGGCCAUGCCUCCCCUACAGAACAGAAUAUAUCUUCUUCUCCUCCACCUCUUCCCUCCUCCUCUCCUCCCCCUCUCUCCCCCUCUCCUCUCUCCUCCUCUCCUCCUCCCAGUACCUUCACAGUGCAGCCAGAUGAGGACCUCCCCACCCCCAUACAGGAGUCCCAGCCUCUCCUCACCACAGUCCAGCCUGUCACCCCACUCCUAGACACCCAGCCUCAAUCAACCAAUCUUCAGGCAGCCUCCGCAACCCUUUCUACUACCCCUAUCACCCUUCCUAAGCAUCCCCCUAUACCCACUGAAAGUGUCCGUAUGUCCCCUACCCCCUACUCAUUCUCAUCUCCACCCACGUCAGCCCUGCCCUCGACCCCCAGCCUUACCCAGCCCACCCAGGAGUCUUUGCCACGGCUGGAGGCUCCAACCACAGUGCCUGUCCUAGACAUCCGCUGCCAGGCCCAGCCCCAACCAAACCUCCUCACCAAGCCCAACAGACAGAUCAAGCCAGUUCAGUCACAAAGCCCACAGGACAGAGAUGGGAUGGAUACAGACAGUGAUGAUGAUGCCACUGCUGUUCCUCUACGACGUCACAUGACUCAGCCCAGGGGGAUUGUGGGAAACCCUUCUCAUAAAGAGUCUGGCUCCUCCAAUCAGCGAGAGAUACUGCUUCACUCCUCCCGCCAACCAACUGAGAGACAGAUAGACUGUCCAAUCAGCCACAAGGAUUCACAGGAGCUGGAACUGUCCUUCAAAUACAACUUGGGCUCCUGCAAUGAGUCGGAGAGUGAGGGAUCAGUGCCAGAGUUGGAAGAACCAGAGGGGGUGCCACUGAGAUCCUCAGAACCCCAGCCCAUCUCUCCUGCUGAUGAGGGGAUUAACAGGCCUAAGCAGAGCCGCAGUGAGAAGAAGGCCCGCAAGGCCAUGGGUAAGCUGGGCUUGCGGCCGGUCCACGGUGUGACCAGGAUCACUAUCAGGAAGUCGAAGAGCAUCUUGUUUGUCAUCAGCAGACCUGACGUCUUCAAGAGCCCCGCGUCAGACAUCUACAUCGUGUUUGGAGAGGCCAAGAUAGAGGACCUGUCUCAACAGGUGCACAAGGCAGCGGCAGAGAAGUUUAAGGUCCCGGUGGAGGCCUCCCCACUGGUGCCCCCUGCACCACCCAGCCUCACCAUCAAGGAGGAGAGCGAGGAGGAGGAGGUGGACGAGGGAGGUUUGGAGCAGAGGGAUAUAGAGCUGGUGAUGGCCCAGGCUAAUGUGUCCCGCUCUAAAGCUGUCCAUGCCCUCAGACACAACACCAACGACAUCGUUAACGCCAUCAUGGAGCUGACCAUGUGAGAGGACCCCCCCCCCCAAAGCAUAAAUGCCAGUGUCACAUCUGUAUCGCUGCUAUGUUGCAUUCUCCUUACCUGCUAAUAAACAGUCUGUUAUAACCACA